AUGUGACUUCACCGGCUGUGAUGGAUUAUCCUCCCAUUUGCAGUGUUGUCCCGACCUCAUUAAAAUCAAGAUAUGACAAGAUCAGGGAUGCAUUUAAGACACGGUUUGGUGAUGAUCCAAGUUUUUUUGCCAAAGCUCCUGGCCGAGUUAACUUAAUAGGGGAACACAUCGACUACUGUGGUUAUGCCGUCCUUCCAAUGGCCAUUGAACAGGAUGUCGUGUUUGCAGUGCGACCCAAUGACUCAGAGAAAAUAACACUCACCAACACUGACCCGGAAUUUCAAGAUUUCGAGUGCAGUAUAAAUGACAUCAGCAUCGACAAGUCGAACCCGAAGUGGUACUACUAUGCACUGUGUGGUGUGAAGGGCGUGUUGGAGCACUGCGGGGAAGAACAUCCCAGGGGUUUUAGCUGUACGGUGGACGGGACAGUACCUCGCAGUGCCGGUCUCUCUAGCUCCAGUGCCUUGGUCUGCUGUGCAGCAAUCAGCAUGAUCCACGCUAAUGGAUGGAAGCUAACCAAGAAGGAGUUGUCUAAUGUCUGUGCAUACUGUGAACACUACAUUGGCACGGAGGGUGGAGGAAUGGACCAAGCUAUCUGCUUCAUGGCUCAGGAAGGAAAGGCAAAACUGAUCGAAUUCAACCCCUUGAAAUCGACAGAUGUACAGUUACCCGAGGGUGCUGUGUUUGUGAUCAGUAACAGCUGUGUGGAGCUAAACAAGGCCGCCACAUCUGAUUUCAACAUCCGAGUUGUGGAAGGAAGAAUUGCCUCACAGAUUAUCGCCAAGGCAAAAGGCUUGGACUGGCAAAGUCUGAAGAGACUUGGUGAUCUGCAGAAGAAGCUUGGCGUGGACUUGACAAACAUGACGAACAUAGUGAAGUCUGAGCUGCACGUUGAACCGUACAGUAAGAAGGAAGUUUGUCAGAUACUGGACGUUACUCCAGAGGAGCUCGCUAAGACGACACUGAGUGCCAACACUCUUACAGUCGAAUCAUUCAAACUGUACCAGCGCGCCCUGCACGUGUUCGAAGAGGCUCACCGAGUCUGGGAAUUCAAACGACUUGGUGAGGAGCAAGCACCCGAUGUGCUGAAGAAACUAGGUCAGCUAAUGAGCGACAGCCACACGAGUUGUCGAGACCUGUACGAGUGUAGUCACCCCGAUUUAGACCAGCUCGUUAACAUCUGUAUGAAGGCUGGUGCCCUCGGGUCCAGAUUGACAGGAGCUGGCUGGGGUGGAUGUGCGGUGUCGAUGGUUCCAACUGAAGAUGUCGAGUUGUUCCUCUCAACCGUGCGAGAUCAGUUCUAUCGGACACGCCCAGACCGCGCUGCCAUGGUAACCUCAUCACUGUUUGCCACGCGGCCAGCAGGUGGAGCUGCAGUAUUUGUGGUGUGAAGUAGUCAAGACACAUUGUGUAAAUAUUUACUAGUCAGAAACAGUGGAAACAAACUCAGGGCAGUGCAUUUGGCCAAAAAUACCUGACAAACGUUUACUGGAAUAUAUAUUUUUAAAAAUUUAAUUACAACAUCAUUGGGACUAAAAUUAAUUAUGAAAUAUUGAUGAGGGAUAAAUAGGUUUAUUGUUGGUGAUUGAAUUGCUUGUGGUGUUGGAUAUUCACAUUUUUGCAAAUGAUCUCCUUUUGUAUUUGAAUGAUUUUAUAGACAUGAUUUUUUUUCACAGCAUCUAAUGACGGCUGGGUUAAUUAUCGCCUUGAUUGUUUGUUUUUUUGCGAUAUAUUGCAAUAUGUGUGAUAUGCAUUACAUUUUAUAUUUCUACUUAAAUAAACAACAUAGCCAACAA